AUGGGGGGCGAGAGAAGAAGAAAAAGAAGCAGCGCGAAGCCAAGACGACUACGGAUAAUCAACUUGCUGCUGUCGUGGCCAACACUUGUUAAUGCAGUUGCGCUAUCGGACUUCACGCCUAAGAUCACAAAUUUGUCUCCGAGCUGUCAAACUGCGUACACAACCACCAUACCAGGCUGCAAAGUGAGCGAUUUCACGAACGCAGCGCAUACCUGCUCGAGCGCGUGCUUGAAUGGUCUCGUUCAGAUUAACGCGCUCGUCAACCAGAAUUGCCAAAACGAUGAUGUGUCAGAGACGAGCAUUAUUGGUCUCUUCUUACUUGGACAGGCCAUUCAAUUGCUGUGUAAUGUGGACGUGGUUACAAAGACGACUGGCUUGACACAAGGGGGCAGCGCGACACCGGCUUCGAACACAAUACCACCGAACACGUUUAUCACGUACUCAAGCACGAUGACCAUGUCGGUACCACCGUCGACCGCAUCGCCAGCUGCAUCAAUAAUUUCUAGUACUGCUCAAAUAUCCUCGCUUGUUUCACAAACUCUAUCAGCAACAACGCAAUCCAGGCCGAUGCCGUCCGCGUCAGAUGGUAUGAUCGGCAACACACCAACUGCUCCCCUUUCAACAUCAUCCUCAAUAUCUUCAUCUACUAAGACCGGAUCAACGACCACCUCAACAACAUCAAUAAACUAUGCGGCAGAAGAGUCUCAAAGAUCAGGCAACGUCGAUAGUGGCGGCGGAAGCCCAUUUGACAAUAUAGACAACUCAGAAGCAAUAGGCCUGCGUGCCCUGAUUAGCACAUUUGGCACGGUGGCCAUAGCGUUCUCGAUCGGUGCAUUGCUGAGCGUGAGCUGAACUAGAUUUAAGCUGAUGAUCUGUAACUCAAUAGUCCUCCAAGAACGUCCACGAGCUCCAUGUCAUCAGCUUUGCAUGAAACGAUUUGAUAAUCGCAUCACCAUCCUCGUCAUCAUUACUAUCACGUUGUACAACAGUACGAAACGAAUUUCAGAUACCUGGGCGCAUCAAUCCACUGAGGAAUAGAAUCGAAUGAUCACGUGCUUUGAGCAGUACAAUCCAUUUCCUUUGUCGAUUGGGGAUCUGCAUGACUGACGGCGAAGAACGGGGAAUAUGGCAAAUGAUACCACGAAGACCACAAGAAGAGUAUGUCAAAAUGGGGAUCUUGAAGAUGCGCUUCUUGAGAAGUGCAUUUUGAAUCAGACUAUCCUUUGUAUUGUAUCAACAAACUGUGUACAUAGCAAGUGAGUGCCUGCUGCUGCUACUUCAACACAACAGAAUGAACAUAAUAAGGUCUCGGAA